AUGUUCUCAUUAAAUACUAAAUCUACUACAAAUACAAAUAAAACAAAUAUGUCAUCAUUGACAAUACCACCAACGAUCGUUAAUUCAACUCAACCAGAAAUAGAACAAUUUACAUUAUUCGUAAAUAAAUUAAUUCAAGCAGAUCAAUUUCAUCAAGGUUAUAUUCGAUCAUGUGUACGUGGUAAUCGAAAUACAGAUAUAGUAUUUUAUAAUAUAGAAGGAAACUAUCGAUUUUGUCCUCGCAAAGGUACUCAUCACCAGCGAAAUACAAUAGCUAUAUUAAUAGAUACAAAAGAAUUGACAUACACGAUUCGUUGUAAAGAUAUUGAUUGUGAUAACAGAUCUUUGAUAUGGAAAAUGAUUGAUGAAUAA